CAGAGGCAAGUCACUUCUCUGAGCGAGAGGAGGGGCGGCAGGUACCCUGUGCCCCAGCCCAGCGCUGGGAGGCCUCUCCUCUACGGCGUGUUCUACGUGCACCCCACAUCUGGACGAGCUCCAGCCGCUGCCUCCCUCCACGACUGAGGGACGGGAGAAUGAGCCGGGCAAGGCAUGUGGGCAAGAUCCGGAAGCGUCUGGAAGAUGUCAAGAACCAGUGGAUCCGGCCAGCCAGGGCCGACUUCAGUGACAACGAGAGCGCCCGGCUGGCCACAGAUGCCCUCUUGGAUGGGGGUCUUGAAGCCUACUGGCGGACACUCAGCCAGGAAGGUGAGGUGGACUUCCUGUCCUCGGUGGAAACCCAAUACAUUCAGACAGAAGCCAAAGAGCCACCUUGUACCUCAGAUCCUGCAGGAGGGGCAGAAGCAGGCCCCAGAGGACUUGACUCCUGUUCCCUACAGUCAGGAACCUACUUCCCUGUGGCCUCAGAGGGCAGCGAGUCAGCCCUGCUGCACACCUGGGCCUCGACUGAGAAGCCCUACAUGAAGGAAAAGUCCAGCGCCACCGUGUACUUCCAGAUGGACAAGCACAACAACAUCAGAGACCUCGUACGCCGCUGCAUCACCCGGACCAACCAGGUCCUGGCCAUCCUGAUGGAUGUGUUCACGGAUGUGGAGAUCUUCUGUGACAUUCUAGAGGCAGCCAACAAGCGUGGGGUGUUCGUCUGUGUGCUCUUGGACCAGGGAGGUGUGAAGCUCUUCCAGGAGAUGUGUGACAAAGUCCAGAUCUCUGACAGUCACCUCAAGAACAUUUCCAUACGGAGUGUGGAAGGAGAGGUGUAUUGUGCCAAAUCAGGCAGGAAAUUCUCCGGCCAAAUCCAGGAGAAGUUCAUCAUCUCAGACUGGAGAUUUGUCCUGUCUGGAUCAUACAGCUUCUCCUGGCUCUGUGGACACGUCCACCGGAACAUCCUCUCCAAGUUCACAGGCCAGGCAGUAGAGCUGUUUGACGAGGAAUUCCGCCACCUCUACGCCUCCUCCAAGCCCCUGAUGGGCCUGAAGUCCCCCAGGCUGUCCACGCUCCUCCAGCCCAGCGAGGGUCCCAGCACCCCCAACGGCGACCUCAGUGGCAGCAGCUGCUCUGCCAGUGACCGCACAUCCUCCAACCUCUUCAGCAGCCCGUCGACAGGCAGCAACCCCCACAACCAGAGUGUGUCCAUGUCCUCCGGGGCUGGCAGUCCCCUGGCCCCAAACCCUCCCCCACCCCCCAGGUUUCAGCCCUACCACGGGCCUUGGGGAGCCCUGUCUCCACAGGCUCUCUUCUGCCCCAGGCCCCUUGAUGGCCCGCCCGCCCCCUACAACAACCUCAAUGCCUACAGGCCCACACGGCUGCAGCUCGAGCAGCUUGGCCUAGUGCCCAGGGUGACUCACAUCUGGAGACCCUUUCUACAGGCCUCGCCUCAUUUCUGAAGUGCUGCCCUGUGCUCCCCAGGGCCGGCUCAGGGCACUUCUGGCUUUGCUGGCUCAAGGACCCCACCUCAGCAACUUACGAGGUUCAGCCUGAUUCCUUUAAAGGCACUCAGACAAACUCACUGCCUGCGUCAGAAUGCUCCAGGCCUAAGACCAUCCGCUUGCCAACCCCCACCUGCCCCUGUGUUCCCCCUCACUGACUUGGCCUAUGUAACCCUUUCCAGAAGGUUUCAGGAAGGCGGGGGUGGCAGGGAACUAGAGGACAAGAUCAUGACAACAGAGCCCCUGUCUUCCAAAAAUCACCCAGAGUUUCAGCGUUAAUGGUCCCCAUCAUGUAAAAAGGGGCAGAUGUGGUGAAAGACGCUGGGAACUUAGACUCCACCACACUGAAGUGAAAUUGAGGUACAAAAAUCCAGGCGAAACCUUUACCUGGGCCUCCAAUUGGAAAGGGAGACACAGCUCCUCCAGAAUGUCAGACUGGCGGGCUGAAAAAGAGGGGCCUAUGUUUACUGACUGCUUGCAGGGAGGGGUUCAGGAAUGUGGCCCUGAUGAGCUAAGUGAAUGCACCCUGGCUGCAGUGAUGGCCACUGUGAGGGUGUAACCGAGGCACAUGAACCAAGAUCCAAGGGUGCAUUUGCCCAUCAUACUUAUUAUCUCAGAUGCCACCUAAGUUUUACUAAUGGGUAAACUGAGGUACCAAUAUAUAGAUAGCUGGUAGGUACUUUUGUUUCCCAGGAAUGGUCCACUCCCCAAAGAUUUUGAUAAGAAAGAUUCAGAAGAGGAUGUGGGAAUAUUCUGGAUGUUUCUGGAAAGAGUCAGAGAAACUCCUCUUCCCUAGAAAUACUGGGGUACCCUUGGGACCAGUGAAUUACAAUGAGGCCCCAGAAUCUGCAUCUGUUAAUUUGUGUGGGUCCAGGUGCCUCUACCUGGCCUGGGGAUCUGCUGAGGAAUGAAUGCCAAACCCUCAUGAACCUGCAUUCAUUCAUUCCCAAAGUGACACUUAACCCUAUACCUGGGGUGCGAUGCUGGGGGAAAGGGCAGUGGCAGUGGGAUGUGAUCCAGGCUGGUCCAGACAUAGGGAAACAGGUGCCGGGGCCCAGGGCCUCCCCAUCUCCACGCCCUCUCCUGCACCCAAAUAUCUUCUUUGCCUCGUUUUCGGCUCAGAUGUCUGGCCUUUGCUGUCGAGAGCCCUUCCUCUGGGUGGCCUGAUUUCUGAUAGCAUGUAACAACCUCAGCCCUACUCUGCAGAUAUGGUUUCCAUCGGCCCAUCCAUCCCUCUGCUCCUAUUUGACCAAUAGUCCUGGCAUGGGCAGGGCACCUUGGCUUCUGUCUUAUUUCUUUUAAAUUCUAUUCCUAUCUCACUUUCCUUUUUAU